CCAAGUACCCUUUGUAGGAGACAAGCCAUUCUUGGAAAGCAACUGACUGGAAUCUUCUCCAAAGAUGUUAUGGUUCUAGAACUGCUUGGCCUUGUAUCUUGUUAGAAUAAACCCAAUGCCGCCCAUCACCUAGCAACAAGGUAGAGUGCAUUUAUGAUGCCAGACGAAUUCAUGUUGCAACACCAUCAAGAAGUGCAAAGGGAACAAGCUUGCCUAUUUUGGGUCCUCUGAGUACAAGUAAGAUGAAACAACGUGAUUGCACAAGAACGCAGGGAAAGCAAGUAUCAAAAUGAGGAGGACGUGGUGGUAAACCAGCUUCCCCGCGAACUCCAGUUAGAGCACUACUUUGUUUCCUUGCAAGCCAGCAGAUGGCUUCCAGGUCAACAAAGACGCCUGAUGACUUCAACAUAUACUAUCUUCUCAAGGGCGUCCUUCCCUUGGAGACUUCGGAGCAGCCUAUGGAUGAAUCCAGAGAUGAGACAAAUCCACAGUACCAAGGACUAACUGGCUUGCGAAACCUAGGCAACACCUGUUACAUGAAUGCCGUGAUACAGUGCCUUUGCAGUGUAUCCCCGCUGGUGGAAUAUUUCCUCUCUGGAAAGUAUACAGCAUCACUAGACAAGGAGAAUGGGGAGAUUGCAACAGCUUUCGCUUAUUUGAUGAGUGACAUGUGGCUUGGGGACUUUGACUGUGUAUCGCCAGAGGUGUUUAGAUUGGUCAUUGGUGAGCGAUACCCUGCUUUCAUCAAGAAGACCCAGCAGGAUGCUCAGGAGUUUCUGAUUUAUGUCUUGAAUGAACUGCACGAAGCCCUCAAGAAGACAAGUAGGAGAAGUCGUCAAGGGACCUCAUCGAGUGCUUGGGAAUCUAGGGGUUGUGUCAGCGAAUUGUCUAUUAUCACUCGGCUUUUUGAGGGACAUCUCAGUUACGACAUCAUGUGCCUGGAAUGUCAAACCACCACUUACAAAAAUGAGAUCUUCACAGUGUUGUCUCUACCCAUCCCUUACGAAACUGAAUGCUCACUAGAGGAAUGUCUUGAAUGCUUCUUUCAACAAGACAUGCUGACUUGGAAUAACCAGAUUAACUGCUCCUGUUGUGGAACAAAGACAGACACUGCAGUGAAAGCCAGCAUAGCCAAGGCACCAAAGAUGGUUAUCUUCCACCUAAAGAGGUUUGACUGUCAGGGCAGCUACAAAAAGAAACUGAAAACCGACAUCUACUAUCCACUAAAUAAGCUGGAUUUAUCCCCUUAUAUAUAUCCGCUCUUUCGGAAAAAUCCAAAAUAUAACUUAUUCGCUGUGGUGAACCAUUUUGGAGACCUGGAUGGUGGCCACUACACUGCAUUCUGCAGACACACACUCACACAAAGCUGGUACAACUUUGACGACUCUCAGAUCACUGAGAUUCCAGAGUCUUCUGUACAAACAUCUGCAGCCUAUCUUCUGUUUUACAGCAAUCAAGUUUUCUCUGUGCCCGUAAAAAACCAAAAUGGCUAGGAAACAUUGAGAACCAUUAAGUAGGAAACAGUGAUACCACUGGCAACCAUUCAGUGACCCGGCUAAGCUUUGGUUCAACAUUUAAGAGCAGCUGCAUUUCUUUCAGUGUGUAUUUGGACUGUACUUAGCGAAUUAGAAACUGAUCUCUGCACAACUUCUUUCUUCAGUGAAAAGUUGGGUGUUGAUUAUCAACACAUUUCCAGCAAACUUUCACAGAAUGUAGCACAGCCCUAGAUAAAUAAAUUCUUUCAGGGCUUUCGGAGUUGGAGUGGUUUUUAUUGUUACAGAAUUGAAGAUUUAGUCAAUCUUUAUUUCUACUAAUUUAUUUUUAAUGUGGGUUACAGACUGCUGCAUAUGGGGUGGGGGAAGCUAUAGGUUAGGGAAGAUUUGGAGGGUACCAGAGUGUGUAUAUAAUGAAUGCAUGGUUACCUCCUCCCAAACCAGGUUAUCUGACUGGCUUUUGGAGGCUGGAUGUU